UUACUUUGUACGCUACAAACCCUAUUUUAAAACCAUGGAAGGAGCGUACCACAUUCAAAUGGCUAAUGUGUUUGGUGUGCCCGUUGUCUUACAAUGUAGUACUAGAUUAGCGAUUCCGACAAUAAAACGAGCUUCCCAUGAACCUCUUUUCGUGAAAAAAUCACGCGUUUCUAAAUUAGAAAGCAGAUUUCUCUCAAAACAUAGACUACUAGUAGAACCAUCCAAUUGCGAUAAUAACGCUAAAAUCUCAACGCAGCCGGAGGACGAAGAGUAUCCAGCCCUAGAAACGGUUCUGGAGCUUCACAGUGCAAUCAACAACCAAAAUAUUGAUCAAGUCUCCAGCAUAAUUGGCGACGAAUGCCGAUGUGUCUGUAAUUUCUUCUCGUUUUUCCAAUCGUUUCAAGGAAAGCAGCAAGUGUUGGAUUUUCUCAACUAUGUAAUGGAAAUGUUGGGAGAUAACAUUGAGUUUGUAGUGAAACCUACAUUGCAUGAUGGGAUGAAUGUUGGUGUUUCUUGGAGACUACAAUGGUGCAAGACCCAUAUGCCUUUAGGAAAAGGAUUCAGUUUCUACAUUUGCCAAAUAUACCAGGGCAAGGUAACGAUAAGGAAUGUAGAGAUGUUCAUGGAGCCUCUUCUUCAUAUAGGGCCUUUAAGAAUGAAAAUAAUUGGAUACCUUAUGAACGCAUCGGAGAAGAUAAACUCCUUGUUUAAACUAACUCCAAAUAACAUGAAGCAAGCCGUACUUCUUAUGAGCAUUAUUCUGCUGUUUAUGAAGCCCGGGCUGUAUUAAACAAUCCUCUUACCCACAAGUGCCUCUCGUACUGCGCUGUCGAAACAUCAAUCAGCUUUACAUUUCACCAAAAAAAUAGUCAUUUCCAGAUUCAACAAUGGUUAUUCAAAUAAUAAAAACAAUGAUAAAUAUAGCUAAAGUAAAACGGCAAGACUCUUUAUGCCUCUCUUUUUUUGCAUACA